AUGUCUAAAAGAAACAUAACAGUUCCUCCAUUAUAUGUUCAAAGAUAUGAUUUUUUUAAAAAAUUUGCAAUUUGUUGCUUUAUUGUCUUUGUUGCCUUUAACGUACUCGGGUAUCUUUUUUACAAAGAUGAUUUACAAAAUAAUCCAACUGGAUUACUUGAUGAACAAUGUAAUGAUGUUAAAGUCAAUGAUACCAAAUCUGCAAAUACUGAUAUUACUGAUGCCAAUGUAUUACCAGAAAACAAUGACAUUUUAUCAUCAUCAUACAUAAAUACCAACAAUACGAAAGAAAAACUUUCAAAACGUGACAAAGAAAUAAAUAAAAAAUAUUGCGGAAAGCCAAAUUGUAAAUUCUUAUUUGCUUAUUAUCUACCAGAACAAGAGACCAAGGCAAAUGCGAAUUAUAGAUCGUUUGUUACUCUUGCAAAAAAAUUAGAUCGCAUUAUGGUUUUGACAAAUGUUGGUAAUAGUAGAAUUAAUUCAUGUCAAAACCUCACUUUUGAUUUUUAUUAUGAUGUCGAUGAACUUAAAAAAAAAAUGUAUCCUGAUGUCAAAUUUAUAACACAACAAGAUUUUCGUGACUGGUCGAGGGAACGUCACAAGAAACCAAAUACUGAACAUGCAUAUAUUUUACCAGGUGAUAGAAAUAGCACAGUAGAACUUGUCAAUCCAUACCCUGAUCAACUCAAAGAAGAAUUUUGUUUGAAUUUAUUCGAUUUCAAUUUGAACGAUAAAACUAUAUUCAAACAAUUUCACACUGGUGCAAAAUUUUACAGAGAAAUAAAAACUUAUCAAAUGUUCUCUGAUCUUCUUGUUAGCAAUUUGAUAACAAAUGUUGAUGUGUUGUUAGCAUCUCAUUUAAUCUUCCAUCCAUUAUUUCCAGAAAUCGCACCACCAAUACCUUAUGCAAAACAUUUUCUUGAAGAAUCAAAGAGGGUCUCAACAAAACUUCAUCCUUACAUAGCUGUGCAUUGGCGUAUGGAAAGAGCAACGCUUAGCUUACUGAAGGAAUGUUCAACGAGACUAGUAGAAAAAAUUAAGGAUAUAAGUUUGAUGUAUGGAAUAAAAAAUGUUUAUUUGGCAACUGAUUAUCCACUCACUGGUGGGGCUCAAUCUUCAACGUUUGAUUCGUUGACUGAUCUCCAUCAUGACGCCAUUAGAUAUUUGAAUUCCUCGGUGAAUGUUGAUAAUUGGGUAACAAUGGAUGUUUUUGGUGAUUUGCGUAAAAAUAAAACUUUUGAUUCCGAAUUUUCUGGUGCUGACAACAAAGUACUUUUACGACAAUGA